AUGAGAUUCCUGUGCCUCCACGGCUCCGGCACAAGCGGGCACAUCCUAGGCUACCAACUCAGCGCCCUCAAAUCCUCCCUCCCCGGCUCCCACACCUUCGACUUCCUAGACGGCCCCUGUCCCUCCACAGCAGGUCCCGGCGUUAAACCCUUCUUCGACCCACCCUACUACUCCUGGUGGCAAUCCCUCUCCAAAGAAACCGUGAUCCUCGCCAUCAAACAUCUCCUCCAACACAUAACCAACAGCGGAAAAGUCUACGACGUCGUGAUAGGUUUCAGCCAAGGCACCGCUCUCCUUGCGGCGACGACACUGUACUGCCAAAACGAGGGCAUCCCAAUCCCGUGGAAGGCGGCGAUAUGUAUAUGUGGCGGGAUGCCGUAUAGUUUCUUGGAGGAGUAUAUGCUCAUCUCGGAGAAAGCAAAGGCGCUUGUUGUGCAAACACGCAAGGAUCUAGACACGGCGAGCGACCGCAACGCCAAGAAAAUCGAGGCAAUGAUGCAGAAUGGCACUCGCGUCGACCUCUGGGACUCGCCCUCUACCCUCUGGGACGGGAAGGAAGCCAUCACUCGAGACCCUUGGACAUUACCGCCCGUGGACGAGAAGGAUGUGUAUGGUCUGGAUCUGUCGAAUCUGCCAGAGCAGGCGAGAUUGAAUAUUCCAAUGGCGCAUGUGUACGGGCACAAGGAUCCUAUGAGUGCGUUUCAUGUACAGCUCGCGAUGCUGAGUGAUCCAGCGAGGAGGAUUGUGUAUGAUCAUAGAGGGGGUCAUGAGGUGCCGAGAGUGCCGCAUGUUGUGAGGGAUUUGGUGAGGGUGGUGGAGAGGGUGGAGAGGCAGAUUGUAUAG